AUGGGCUCGACGGCCAGUCUACCCCGCGGUACCACCCUUCUGAGGGCCUACUCUCCUGCUGUCACCAGUUUGACAGCUGAUCGGAUGAAGCCUCUACCUACCGGUGCGCCCCCCAAACCCCAACGAGCGCCCCCCCGGUCCAGUGAUGGCCCACCUAGACCUCCAGAUCGAUUCGUUCCAUUCCAAAGGCCUGCCAACCCCUUGUAUAAUAUACCAGAUGGUUACAUGUCAUCGCCUGAGAGAAGCUCAAGGUAUGAAGAUCCUUAUUACAGCCAGUAUGCAACCAGAUCUGGAUCCAUUACACCAGUUAUAGAUGAAGAAAUUAGGUUACGAGUAGAAAAUAUGGAGCGACAGCUAGCGAAUUUGACAGGCUUGGUACAAAAAGCGCUGACGCAACCACCACCUGCUAGUCACUUGCAGGUGCCUGGGAGAGAUGGCUAUAGAGAUAAAUCUGUGUCAUUCGAAAAAUCAGUUUCGUUCAGUGAUGAGCCACCAGAUAUGAAUUCACCUAAGCAGCAUAGUCCUCAACAUGCAGAGCGGGACAGGCUGAAACCCUGUCCACCGCCCAAGCCGUCUGCUGCUUCGCCCAGCUACGACAGCCGCAUCUACAGGGACCUGCAGCUGACGCCCGAGAUGUACAACCAGCUGCGCGGGCUGCAGAAGAAGGCGAAGGAGCUGCGUACGGAGGUCCGCAACCUGCGGCGCAUGUCACAGGCGCAGGCGCACUCGGUCAAGGAGACGGUGCGCGACGCCUUCAUCAAGAUCAGGGCGGUGCUGAUGGCUGGCGGGGAUCAGGUUUGGCAAGCAGGAAUGGAUCAAGAAAGAGUUCGUCUCAACAGAGACGAAGAUCUCUAUAAACAAGAGAUGUUGCGAUUGGAGAAUGACCUUGGAGAACUAGAAUCAACAGUAGAAGAGCUAAGAGGCAACGUGAUCAAUCGAAAAACUAGAGUCAAUAUGUCAGACGUGGAAAAUAUGGCACUCAUCUUGAGCAAAAGUUCGAAAACUGUAGCUGAUCUCAAAUUGAGGUUUCCUGGUCUACAAGAUUGUAUGAAGACAUUUUUAUCGACAGAAAUGGAGAAGAUGAUGAGAGAAGAGACGUUCCUGAAGGAAGAACCUGAACGUCUUGAAAGUGCUCUGAGAAGAUGUAAGAAAUUGACUGGGACUCUGGUUACUUUGAAAAGGUGA